AUGAAUACGUUCUCUAAGGCGACACUUAUGCUUCUAUCCAUAUUAUUUCUUUUCGCUUUCAUCUCGCCCGCUUUUGCAAUCUCUGAUGAAGCUUUGGCACUGCUUCGCGAGGAUUGUCAACAACAAGCGGUCGACCCUGCUGAAUAUGGCUUGGGUCUUCAUAUCGCCGCUCUCUUUGUCAUAUUGUUUACGAGUUCAUUAGGGGCUUUCAUACCUGUUACUGCUAAGCGUUAUCCGUCAUUGCGUAUUCCCAAGUUGGCAUUCUUUGUUGCCAAGCACUUUGGUACCGGAGUCAUUCUGGCAACUGCGUUUAUACAUAUAUUACCAUCCGCAUUCUCCAGACUCAACAGUUACUGUUUGGAUCCAAUUUGGUGGGACACUUAUCCUUCAUUCCCUGGUGCGUUUGCAAUGAUCGCGGCGUUGGGAAUAUUUGUUGUAGAAUACGUCGCCACGACAAUGGUCGGGGAAGGACAUUCGCACUCUCUUCCUAAACCGGCUAGUGCUGACGCAAACGCAAACGCUAACGGUACCACCUCAAACACCGACGAUGAUAAAUUUUUUCAUUGCAGCGAGCUGGCUGUCUUGUCCUCGAAUGCCCAGUCCCUGGGUAUUAUCAUUUUAGAGGCGGGUAUUUGCUUCCAUUCCGUUAUCAUUGGCAUGGAUCUUAGCGUUUCCACCGGCUCCGAUUUCACUAGUCUUUGGAUUGCACUUGUAUUCCAUCAGCUGUUUGAAGGUCUGGGUUUGGGUUCGCGUAUUGCCGAGUUGCAUGAUGCCAGAACCAUCAAACCGUGGAUCUUGUCUUUCCUUUAUGGCACAACAACGCCACUUGGCAUAGCAAUUGGUAUUGGCGUUCGUUUCACGUACGAUGCCAAUUCCCCAACAUCCCUGCUGAUUCAGGGCAUUCUCGAUUCCCUGUCAGCUGGCAUCCUCUUAUACACCGCUUUGGUCCAGCUGAUAGCAUCCGAUUUUAUCAUUGACCCCUAUUUCCGCAAACAGCCCAAAUCGUAUCAAGUCUCGGCAUUUGCGCUGUUGCUAUUUGGGGCUUUGAUCAUGUCACUUAUCGGUAGAUGGGCAUAG